ACAACAAACCGCCAUUCCGGAGGAAGAAGAGACGACCGAGACUCCCCUCGAUAUGUCUUGGCCUGACACCUGGCGGAAAAGAUUAAACUACAUCCUCUUAGGUCCAAUUAUUAUUCCAUUAUGGUUGACCCUACCGGAUGUCCGUAAAGAGACAAAGCGACGUUGGUUCGCCAUCUCGUUUAUCGGUAGCAUUUGCUGGAUAGCUUUUUUCUCGUACCUGAUGGUUUGGUGGGCUUCUCUGACUGGUCAAACUGCAGGGAUACCGAACGAGGUUAUGGGUUUGACAUUUCUGGCUGCCGGUACAAGUAUCCCCGAUUUAAUUACCAGCGUAUUGGUAGCCCGUAAAGGAUUUGGAGAUAUGGCGGUAUCCAGUUCUAUUGGAAGUAAUAUAUUUGAUGUAGCUAUGGGUCUCCCACUGCCAUGGUUUCUAGCAACCAUGUUAUUUGGACCUGUGCAAGUCAACAGCGCCGGAAUGGCUUGUUCUAUUCUUCUCUUAUUUCUGAUGUUAAUCUUCGUCAUCGCUUCCAUUGCCUGCUUCAAGUGGCGGAUGAAUACUAAAUUAGCUGGGGUUAUGUUCAUUCUGUACUUUGUAUUUAUAACACUGAGCUUGCUGUUGGAGUAUGAAAUCAUUAGAUGUAAUGCUAUAUUGAAACCGUUUACAGGCUAGUGAAAAGUAAUGCCGAAAAGAAAGCUGAUGAGAAACGCAUUAUUUUGUUUAUUUAUUUUGAAAUGAUUCAGUUGUAUCACCCCUCCCGCCUUUUUUAUAUUGUUCAUACUGUUUGAAGGCACAGUGUGAGAUAUGGAGUUAAACCUUAUGUGUUAAAUUAUCGCAACGAUUUAGAAUCCUGUAAUCGAAAAUGUAAAAUAAAUAGACAUAACUAUGUAGUAUUAAUAUGAAAGAAUCUGUAAAUCGUUUGUUGUUGUUUUACAUAUUUCUUGCGCAUGUAUGUUAGGCUUAACUGUUAUCUUGAAUUUUUCGCGUACGCAAUUGAGUACUGCCUUCAUAGAAGACCUAAGAAUGCAGUUAGCUGUUUCUAGUAGUGAAAUAUUGCCUGGAUGAAAAUUUAGAAAAGUAUAACACAGGUUUUCCAAAGUACAAACUCAAAAUUUAUAGCCGUUUUCAAGACUUACUUCACCCUUACGUACUGAUAAAAGUAUCUAUAUGAAUUAUAUACAAUUGAAAUGUUUGUGAAACAUGCACCAGUACUGUAAUUAUCAGAGCAUAACAUUCUACUAUGUGACGUAACAAGAAAAAGGGUUUACUUAGUAGCAAACACAUACUGCUUUUAUAAUAGAAUCAUUAUAUUACAGUUACAAAAUAUACGUUCUAUUAGAUUAAGUUGUUUAAUGAAAACUGUAACACAAUUGCUUGAAUAUAUGUAUAUGUAACAGUGAAUUGUGAGUAAUAUGUGUUUAAAGAAGGCGUAUUUGAGCAACGUUCAUGAUCGACAUAACUUAUGACGUCAUUAGAUUGUGAUGAUUCAUAUCUAAAUAUCAUUAGUUGAGGUUCUUUGUUGACUUAAAAUUGAUAGCCAAAGUUUAUAGCCUAUUUAAUUUAAACUUUACUUUGAGAAUGAAAUCUCACAAACGCUCUGGACAUGAAUAAGUUCACGAACAUUUGAUAGAGGGCUUUCAGCUACAAACCCAUUAAAACUUAUAAUUAUUGUCUUUUGUUUUAAUGAUGUAUUUUAACACAGUCUUUUGUUUGAAUGAUGUAUUUUAACACAGUCUUUUGUUUGAAUGGUGUAUUUUAACACAGUCUUGUUUGAAUGAUGUAUUUUAACACAGUCUUUUGUUUGAAUGAUGUAUUUUAACAC